AUGGUUAAGUCAAUGCAGUUUGGAGACUUGGACGUCCCUGUCCCUGGCUUCGGUGCCAUGGGCAUUAGCUUCGCACUCGGUAACGAUCUUAGUUACGAGCAGGCUGAGCCUGUGCUUCUCAAAGCGCUGGAACAGGGAUGCACCUUCUGGGAUACUGCUGUUUCUUACGGACCAGGCAAGAACGAGAAGAUUAUUGGUGACUUUAUCAAGAAGCACAAUUGUCGUGAUAAGCUUUUUAUUGCAUCAAAGUGCGGUAUAGCCGCUUUUGAAGAUGGAUCAGUUACCAACUCAGCUGAGCAUAUCAGGACAUACAUGGAGGGGACCAUCGAAAGACUUGGUUUCACUCCCGACUUGUACUAUAUUCACCGAAUGGACCCAAACACGCCUCUAGAGGAAUCUAUUCCCGCCCUUAACCUACUCCGCAAGCAAGGAAAGACAAAGUACAUUGGUCUUUCUGAGUGUUCCGCCGAGACAUUACGCAAGGCAAACUCCAUUGCCAAGAUCGAUGCUGUUCAGGCAGAAUACUCUGCUUUUGAGACUAUACACGAGACUGACGGUCUCGUCGACACAGCUCGCGAACUUGACAUCUCCUUUAUUGCUUACGGUCCUCUAGGACACGGCUGGCUUGUAGAGAAUUUCCCCUAUGAAACCCCCGAGGACUUUGCUCCCGAAGAUUACCGACGUCAAAUCCCCAAGUGGCAAGGCGAGAACUUUUACGCCAACAAGAGAAUCGCCGACAAGUUCAAGGAGCUUGCCAGGAAGAAGAACUGCACACUUCCUCAAAUCGCCAUCGCGUGGGUUGCGGCUCAGGGUAUGAUUGCUAUCCCUGGUACAACCAAGCCAGAGCGAUUGGUGGAGAACUUUUCAGCGAGGGAGAUUGAGAUUACGGAGGAGGAGAACAAGGAGAUGCGCAAGUUGGUAGAUGCGCUAAAGCCUCAGGGUGACCGGUAUAACGAGAUUGCUAUGAGGAAUAUUGGUAAAUAA